AUGGCUGAUGUACUUGCCAAAGAUACUACAGUAAAAGAAAUUGAGAAUUCUCUUAAAAAGGGAGGAAACUAUAAAAUAGUAUUUGUUAUUACUUUGGAUUCAGGUAGAAUAAAAGCUCAAGACUUAAGUACCUUGAAUUAUAUUUUGGAAUCAAUCAAAACAGAUUUCAAUUAUGGUUUAAUUAUCAACCAAGUUUCGAUAGAAGAUUUGGACGAAAAGGAAAAUCAAUUGUUGAACACAUCCUCAAUUGAAGAGAUACAAAUUUUUCUAUCAACAAUACCAAGUAUUAAUAUCGACCGAGAUCAAGUAAAACCAAUUAAUAUGAGAGAUUAUGAUAGGAAGUUAAUGGAAUUGGAACAAAUGAUUUUUGAAUUGAUGAAAACUAUCAAAGAGAACAGGGAAAGAGAAGAAAGACUUAUGACUUUAAAUGAAAAUUCCCAGAGACUAUUGGAACAAGAAAUUAAAGCCAAUAGAGAUCUAGAUAGUCAAGGUCAAUACAUUGCUUAA